UGGACACUCUUCAUGACAGCCUGGUCGAGGUGGAGAUUAAAGUGAAGAAACUGUGGCUGCAGAGGCAGUUCCUCUUCAACCUCGAGAUGAAGGACGCAGACCUCCCCGCAGAGCCUGAGUUUGUUCCGACUGUCAAAGAUGUUCCCGAUGCUACAGCUGUGGAACUUCAUGUCCCCAAAGGAGGCUGCCGCAUCAUCGCGGUCCGUCCUGCAUCCCCAAACAACCGCGCAGAUGGCAGCAGGCAAGCGAUCUGCUCCGACAGCAAGGCGCCGGUGGUGGUGGCAUCCGGGUCUCCAUCAAAAGAGGACACCGAGGAAAGCCACCAAACAAGUGGCAAGAAGUCGGCCAAGAGAGCCCAAAUUGAUCUGAAUCUGAAUCGUGUUUUUCACUAUAAGUAUUAUUACUAUAAGGAGUGUGAAGUGGGGAGGCCAAGUGUCAACUUGAGCGCUGGUGACAAGGCGGUUCUGACAAACAACGAGAUGCUGACAGACGACCUCAUCCAGGCUGCCCAGAGGCUGCUCCACCACCAGUACCCGGCACUCCAAGGCCUGGAAGCCCCUACAGUUGGUCUCUGCGAGGACGGGUUUGCCAAGAUGACAGGAAAGGGGCUACAAAUCCACCACAACAGAAGAGCGCACUGGGUUCUGUCGUCUUACGCAGACGGACAGGUGCGCCUGUAUGACAGCAUUGGCGCCGACAUGACCGCAUCUCUGCAAGUCCAGCUUUACCAGACCUACGCCGCGUUUGCAGACCAAGAGAGGAACAUCCUGACCAUCAUUCUACCAGAGGUACACCGUCAGAAGAAUGUCUUUGAUUGUGGGCUGUUUGCCAUCGCCUGGGCAGUGGACAUCGCACAGGGACAAGACGUGAGCAGCAUUGCGUAUGACGACAGGGAGAUGAGGAGCCAUUUGGAGAAGUGCUUCAAACAAGGGAGGCUCACACCAUUUCCUCAGCUGACCAAUCGGAGGAAGAAAGUCGGUCUAACCAGGGUCAGCAGAAUCUCGCUGGUUUGCUGCUGCAAGCAGGAGGAGGGUCUCGGAAGGAUUGAGGCGUGCAGGGCAUGCCAGAGGAUCUUUCACGUCAGCUGCCUGCCUGUCUGCCCUCCAAGUGAUGGCACAUGGAAAUGUGGAGACUGCGCCGUGUAAAGUACAAAAUGCACCGUAAAAACUGGUUAACAUCUGGAUAAACUGUUUGCCUUCUUGUGGAAGGAAAAAAAAUGAUAGAAACCUGGCUUGGCCGUCUCAGGAAUGAUGCCAAAAUGUUAUCA